AUGCUGGAUAUACAAAAGGACCAGCUUCUUAGCGAUUUGUUUUUUUCAUUAGUGGGUCUUGAAUGUUCGAGUGUUCGGGUCAGAAAAGGCCAGGCCAUAAAUGUGCAAUUUAAUUCGCUCAUUCCAAAAGACGACCUGCAGAUAGUCAGCGCCCUGCUCAGCAUAAUCGUUGGGGUGCGGCAGUGCAGAUACAAGAUAGACGAAGCGUACUUUUCCGGUGGGACAAUUCGAAAGUGCCUUUUCAAGGGCAUCGAGGAGGAGCUGGACGCCUUCGCCAGGAAGGUCGACGAGGUCCGAAGGAGUGCCCAGGGCAUAGACCUGAGGUCUCUGCCGUUUAUAUUCCAGGGGGAGAUAGAGCUCUUUUCUGGGAUGAUAAAUAUGCUCCGGGAGACAGAGUCUGUCAAUGAGCUCUUUCUGCUGGACGUGGUUUUGCGCAGCCGGAUAGUUUGUCUGCCUGCAGUGCUGCAUUUGGUGCCCCCAAUGAACAGGGUCUUGACUUGCCUCGUAGAGGGGAGAAAGACCGACGGGUACUUUGAGGAAAGGCACAGCUACGACUACAGCGAGUGCUUUUGGAGCAACCACUACAGGGUAAAGGAAGCACCGCCGUGCCUCGCCCAAGCAAUAGGCACGCUCAUGGACCUGGGGAAGAUAUCAAAAAUUCGGAGGGCUGUUAACGAGGCCCGCAUCGAGUACUCGGGAAGCGUGCUGUCCGUGCGAAAUGGGCAAGCUGUUGUUUGCGAGGCUGAAAUAGGCGCGUAUGCAAGCGCACUUUCUGACUGCCCAGCUGUGAGGGCUGCGUGGACGGAGGGCGUCUCCGAGCUCUUUGCAAAAAUCGGGCUCGAUGUAAGCAAAUACUCCGAGAUGUUCAAAGAGCUUGGGGAAAAAAUGUUUUGCGUGCCCUCUAGAAAAGACAUGUCUUUUGUGAAUUACAUCAUGCGGAAGGGAAGCCCAGGAUACACUCCAUUCGAGGCGCACGUUGACUCUCCACGCCUUUCCUUCCUUGAGGACUCUUCUUUCCUCCUGGAGAAGGUUGAGGGCGUGCGGGCAUCGCCCGUCUCUUUUGUGUACAACGAAGUCUCCCUCCCGAAAGCCCUCUUGGGGAUAUACGACACAAGAACGGGGAAGUGCGUGGCUGGGCUCUCCCUUCUGCAGGGACUCGACAUUUCCUUCGCGCUGAAGGAGCCUGUGUCCAUGUUCUUCUCUGCGAAGUCGGUUUCCGAGCUGAAAAUCCUCUUCCGGCUCAUAUACUCGCUGUACGCGGUUGAGCACUUUUCGUGCGCGCAGUACAGCCACUGGAGGAUAAAGCACAUUUUGCUGAGCUUUGUGACGGGGAUAAGGAUGUGCAUUGCCGAGAAAAUAGACGCCGAGUUUCAACGCGUGGUGGGCGAGAAAAACAUCGCAGAGUACACGCCCGCGCUGGAGAGCGCCCUUUACAGCAUAACAAAGGCCUCCCUCCUCACAAGCCCGUUUCUCAUGCAGUUUUACAGCCGGGUUUUUUCCAUCGCGUUCAUGUACAUUGAAAUGACAAACCGAGAGCAGCUCACGCGGGAGGAAACGGACGAGAUCGUGGCGUCGCUUAAAAAGUGCUUUAGGGCGGCACUCCCGUACGUAAAGUCCCCGAUUCUUCUGGCUUUGUUUGAGUCUUUGGCAUGA